AUGAUAAACAAAAUUAUCAGUUGGAACAUACGGGGUUUGGGGGAUGUAAACAAGAGAAUAGUGGUUAAUUCGGUUCUUCUCAAGUGGCGUCCAGAUGUGGUGCUAUUGCAAGAGACAAAACUUGAAGUCAUCACAGAUCAACUUAGAAGGGAAAUUUGGAGUUCGCAAGAUAUAGGCUGUCAUUAUUUACCGUCUCAAGGAGCAUCAGGGGGAAUGUGUAUAUUAUGGGAUAACAGCAAGUUAGAAGUUUUCGACACUCUAGAGGAAAGACACACUAUUGCUUGUGCUUUCCGCUCUAGAGUCAAUCAAUCUGAGUGUUUUGUUGCUUCGGUGUAUGGACCUCGAGAUCGAAAAGAAAGACGAAGGUUGUGGAGAGAACUUGGGGAUGUCAUGUCUCUUUGGGAUGUACCAGGGGUUCUUGGAGGCGACUACAAUGUUACUAGGUUUUUAGAGGAUAAAAAUAGAGGUAAUCGAAUCACUAGAGCAAUGAAGGACUUCAACAAAUUUAUCAACAAUUGGGAUCUAGUGGACUUGCCACUUACCGGUGAAAAGUAUACGUGGUCUAAUUUUCAGGAAUUUCCUACUUGUAGUCGUAUAGAUAGACUGAUCAUUAACAAAAAGUGGGAUGAGUAUUACCCUGGCACAUAUCAAUUGGCGAAACCUCGUCCAACUUCUGAUCACACUCCAAUACAGCUUUCAACCUCAGCAGUAAACACUGGGCCAAGACCUCAGAGAUUUGAGCUAAUGUGGCUGCAAGAUGAGAGUAUCAAAGAAAGAAUGCAAUAA